CUAUGUUAAGUCUGUAUCCCUUCGUUUUGGCCACCUGGUCACUUCUUCAGCCACCUGUUCAUUCCUCCUCCUCCUCCUACUUAAUCCUCAACCCUUGGUCUUCCCUCCCCCAAAAUCCAAAACCCACCUCCAAUCUCCUGAAACAAUUGAAACCCACUUCACUAAUUCAAUGGCAAAUGCAUUUUCCAUGUCAAACAUGUUCCAAACGCUGCCCUUUCCUUGUUUGAAUCCAAAACCCAAUUCAACAAAUUCAGUAAGCGUUAGUCCACUGAAGAGUCAUCAGCAGUUCUUCCCCAAGUUCUUUAUUGCAAAUUCCAAGAAGGCGGGGGCGGCAGCGUCAACUAUGGAUGCGGAGUCCGGCGUUGCUGAAGAGGAGCAGCGGUCAAAAGCAGCAAAGUUUAAAGAGUCAGCUGCUGCUAUGAAUCCUGUUUACAAGCCUACGCCUUCCAAUCGCCCUCUUGGAACCCCUCACAGCGGGUACCAUUUUGAUGGAAGUACUCGAAAAUUCUUUGAGGGUUGGUAUUUCAAGGUCUCAAUACCUGAAUGUAGGCAGAGCUUCUGUUUUAUGUAUUCUGUUGAGAAUCCUGCUUUCUCCAAGAAGUUGAGCACACUUGAGGUACUACAAUAUGGGCAUAGAUUUACAGGAGUUGGGGCUCAAAUUCUUGGCGCUGAUGACAAAUAUAUUUGCCAGUACACUGAAGAUUCUCCUAACUUUUGGGGAAGCAGGCAUGAAUUGAUGCUUGGAAACACUUUUUCAGCGAAGAAAAAUAUGCGGCCUCCAAGUAAGGAGGUACCUCCUCAGGAGUUCGAUCAAAGAGUUCUGGAAGGUUUUCAAGUUACUCCCCUUUGGCAUCAGGGUUUUAUUCGUGAUGACGAGAGGACAAGCUAUGUGGAGACUGUAAAGACUGCACGUUGGGAGUAUAGUACACGCCCCAUUUAUGGCUGGGGUAAUGUUGACUCAAAACAAAAGUCUACAGCUGGGUGGCUUGCUGCUUUCCCUGUUUUUGAACCCCAUUGGCAAAUGUGCAUGGCAGGGGGGCUUUCGACAGGUUGGAUAGAGUGGGAUGGAGAAAGGUUUGAGUUUGAAAAUGCUCCUUCAUAUUCCGAGAAGAAUUGGGGUGGUGGCUUCCCCAGAAGGUGGUUUUGGGUCCAGUGCAAUGUCUUUGAAGGUGCAAGUGGAGACAUUGCUCUUACUGCUGCUGGUGGCUUGAGGCAACUUCCUGGAUUGUCUGAUACCUUUGAAAAUGCGGCACUGAUUGGUGUUCACUAUAGAGGAGUAUUCUACGAAUUCGUGCCAUGGAAUGGAGUUGUUAAAUGGGAAGUUUCGCAAUGGGGCUAUUGGUUUAUGUCUGCAGAGAAUAAAACACACAAGGUGGAGUUGGUGGCAACAACAAAAGACCUAGGCACUACCUUGCGUGCUCCAACCUCAGAGGCUGGCUUUGCCCCAGCCUGUAAGGAUACUUGCAGUGCAGAGCUAAGACUGCAACUGUGGGAUCGAAGAUCUGAUGGAAGUAAAGGAAAUAUUAUUCUGGAUGUCACAAGUAAUAUGGCAGCUGUAGAAGUUGGUGGAGGACCCUGGUUCAGCCCAUGGAAAGGCCAGACGAAUGCACCAGAAUUUGUUAGCCGGGCUCUUAAUCUUCCUGUUGAUGUAGAGGGACUUCUGGAUUCAGUUCCUCUGCUGAAGCCCCCCGGUCUUUAACAGAUCGAGUGCUGUAUGCUGUAUUUCUUUACAGGUUAAAGAGGAUGAAAAGCUUCACAACUGCUCAGAUUUCAUAGGUGUUUCCAUGUGAAACUGGUUGAUCUCCACACCAACCUUUCCUGUAGGACUUCUUAGGUGAAACAGUUGUAGAUGAACCCUAGAAAAAUAGAAACUUUUAAUCUGAAAAAUUGCCGGAAUAGUCCCAAAGUUUAAGAAAAGAAAUUGCUGUAAAUUUUUUGUCUUUCC